AUGGCCCAGAGCGGGGUUUAUGCUGACUUGAGGUUUGCCAAGGUGCCCACAGGACGCAGCAUGGCCUGCCAGGCCCUGGAGGCAGCCCUUGGCAUGGACGAGGCGGAGAGUCCCUACGAGAACACGCCGCCGGGGCAGGCGCCCGCAGGGCAGGACGAGCAGGGCGGCCAGCCCAGCCCAGGGCCCUGGCGCCGGCUGCGCUCCGUCCCCGUGGGGCUGCUAGCAGCCUGCCUGCUGCUGCUGGCCACUGCCAUCGCCCUGGGCGCCUGCUACUGGCAGGUGACCCGCCGGCUGCAGGAGGCCUCCCGCGCGCACGCGGCCGAGCGCGGGCGCCUCUCGGAGCAGGUGAGUGUGCGGGAGCAGAGGCUGGAGCAGAUGGACCUGGAGCUGGCGCGGGCGCGAGAGGAGCUGCAGCGCGCCUGGCUCGAGGCCAACAGCAGCCAGCUGGAGGCGCAGAGCCUGGACGUGGAGCUGGGCCGCACCAUGGGCGUCCUGGGGAUGAUGGAGAAGGAGCUGCAGGACGUGAAGGGGAAGCUCAACGCCAGCGAGAGCACCGUGAGCAGCCUGCGCUCCUGCUCCAAUAUUGAUUGCUGCCCCUCGGGCUGGGUGCUGUACAGGGGCAAGUGCCUCUUCAUCUCGGCGGAGAAGAAGACCUGGGAGGACAGCAGAACCGAGUGCGAUACGAAAAUUUCUCAGCUCCUCAUCACCAAAUCCUGGAGUCGCUGGACUGUGCCGAACUUCCUGAAGAACUCGGACACACCGUACUGGAUCGGGCUAUACAAGAGCAGCUAUCCCUGGUUCGAGUAUGGAUACGGGCUGGAGGAAGAGGAUCUGAGCGAAGAGGGUGGAACUGACGCCUGGAUCUGGACCGACGGCUCUCUUUAUGAGAGGUCCUGGCAGUGGAAGUCCAAUGGGUCCUGUGCCAUCAUAAGCCAUGGGAGCAUCAAACCCGCUCAGUGCGACGGCGACGACGACGUGCACUUCUGGAUCUGCGAGAAGGCGCCAGGCCCGAGCAGCCCUUUCAUGUGA